AUGUACCUGAUCACUGUAUAUGGAAACCUGCUCCUCAUCCUGGCCGUCAGCUCUGACUCCCACCUCCACACCCCCAUGUACUUCUUCCUGGCCAACCUGUCCUUUGUAGACAUCUGUUUCACCUCCACCACUGUCCCCAAGAUGCUGUGGAACAUCCAGACUCAGAGCAAAGUCAUAACCUAUGACGGCUGCAUCACACAGAUAUUCUUUUUCUUACUAUUUGCUGGAUUAGAUGACUUUCUCCUGGCUGUGAUGGCCUAUGACCGGUUUGUGGCCAUCUGUCACCCCCUACACUACACGGUCAUCAUGAAUCCAACCUACUGUGUCCUUUUGGUUCUGGUGUCCUGGGUGACCGUUGUCUCCUUAUUUUAUUGUACAGCCCUAGGAGUAUACCUGAGCUCUGCUGCUACCCAGAGCUCCCACGCAAGUGCAGUGGCCUCGGUGAUGUACACGGUGGUCACGCCCAUGCUGAACCCCUUCAUCUACAGCCUGAGGAACAGAGACAUAAAGGGGGCUCUGAAAAGAAUCUUUUGGGUUCCAGUGAUGUGA